AUGAUAUUACUAAAAUCAACUCUAACAGCAAUCGAAAUAUUAGUUCAAACUAUUUUGUAUCGUUAUUUUCAAUCUUCAUACUGUAUCGCUUUUGUUUCUAGUGAAUCAUUCCGAUUUGAUUAUAACAAAACCUAUGUUCAUAUUGAUCCAGAAGGAAGAAAUUUAACUAACGAUUUGCUCGAAGUUUCUGAAAUUGGAUGUUUAGAUUACAUAGUAAGAGUAAACGAACCAAAAGAUUUUAUAGAGGCCUUCGAUAAAGUAGUUCAUUUGGGCAAUACUCGAAAAAGUGACAGAAAAAUUGUAUUUUUACCUAAAUCUUAUAAUACUGAUGUAAUUGAGAAUUUGAUGGAAAUUUUAUCAAUGAAGGAAACUACUUUUAUAACAAAUGUUCUGAUUGUGGUACCAUCUUUUAACAAGUCAUACGAAUCUUAUGAUUUGAUAACGCACAAAUACAUCGGUCCGUCAAACCACAAUCAACCACUCUAUUUAGAUAUGUGGAGUUCUUUCACCAAGCAGUUUUAUAAAAAUAAUAAUUUAUUCCCUCAUGAUAUGUCAGAUAUGUAUGGAAAGGUGGUCAAGGUGGCUUGUUUUACUUACAAGCCUUAUGUUUUAUUAGAUAUAAAUUCAUCGCUUGUGCCAUUCGGUCGAGAUGGAAUGGAAAUCAGAAUUAUUGAGGAAUUUUGCCGAUGGAUAAAUUGUUCGGUGGAAAUUGUAAGAGACGAUGAGUACCAGUGGGGGGAAAUCUACAAGAACAUGACCGGUGUGGGUGUACUCGGCAGCUUGGUAGAAGACCGAGUGGAUCUCGGAAUAACGGCCCUAUACUCCUGGUAUGAAGAAUAUUUAGCGCUCGAUUUUUCGGCUCCUUGUAUAAGAACUGGUAUUACAUGCAUUGCUCCGGCACCAAGGUUGCUGGCUAGCUGGGAAACUCCUUUCUUGCCAUUCACAUUGUACAUGUGGAUUGCAAUAUUUUUUACGUUUAUGUAUGCCUCCAUUGCUCUGACUUUUGCGCAAGGAGGCUCAACUAAAAAUGUUUUUCUCACAACGUUUGGUAUGAUGAUAACACAGUCACAAAGUGAUGUAGGUCGGUCAUGGAGGAUUCGCAGUAUAACUGGAUGGCUACUGAUGACUGGUUUGGUGCUGGAUAAUGCGUACGGAGGCGGCUUGGCGUCUACUUUCACCGUGCCCAAGUAUGAGAAAUCAAUUGAUACCAUACAAGAUAUCGUGGAUAAAAGAAUGGAAUGGGGGGCAACGCAUGAUGCGUGGAUAUUCUCGUUAGCUCUUUCCCAAGAGCCACUAAUAAGGCAGUUGGUAAAUCAAUUUAAAACGUAUUCCUUCGAAGAACUGGAGCGAAAGAGUUUCUCUAGAAGCAUGGCUUUUAGUAUAGAGAAACUGCCAGCAGGUUAUUACGCCAUUGGGGAAUACAUCACAGAGAAAGCUGUAUUGGAUUUUACAAUAAUGUUGGAGGAUUUUUAUUACGAGCAAUGCGUUGUUAUGUUGCGGAAAAGUUCCGCCUACACAAACAAAAUGAAUGAAUUGAUAGGGAGACUUCACGAAUCCGGACUUUUGCUUGCAUGGGAGACACAGGUAGCGUUGCAACAUUUGAAUUAUCAGGUUCAACUUGAAGUUAAAUUAUCUCGCUCUAAGAAAGAUGUCGAAAAUAUUGAACCACUUGCUUUACGUCAUGUUUUAGGGGUGUUCAUACUAUAUGGCCUUGGAAUAAUAAUCUCCAGUGCGAUUUUCAUUUUAGAAAUAAUCAUUAAAAAAAAUAUGGAAUAA